AUGGAUAUGGACUCAGGCAUGUCGGGGGGUCCCGACCUCACUGAUGCGGGACUGGAUAUGUCCAACUAUACUGUGGCUUCGGAUUUCCUGGCUGCUCUUUUGGAUGACAGCACCCUCCAACAGACAGACUACGCUAUAGCUCGCGCUUUUUGGUACGGGAUUGUCAUUGUGAUCGUGUUAGUGGGCAUAGCUCACUGGACACAAUGGGCUAUACUAAAAUUGCGAUUGCGUGCGGCAGCUGCAAAUCGCGCUCGGCCUGCUAGUCCUUCAAACCCUGCCACUUCCAUGUUGGCUGCUUGCACAGCAGUGAUUCGGGAAAUCUCCUAUCACCAAAUCACUUUCACAAAUUCAUGGCUCCGUAUUCCUACAAUUGGAUCAAUUGUACUUAUCUUGGGCUAUUUCGGAUAUAUUAUGGGCCUGCAGUUCUUUGAAUGGGACUAUCCCGGCGCACAGUAUUGGCAAGCCCAAAGCCUGCGCGCAGGUUGGCUCACCAUUGCUCAAUUCCCUUUGGUUCUGCUUCUUGCUGGUAAGCGGAAUUUGAUUGGAUAUGCUGUAGGAGUAUCCUAUGAGCGUUUGCAGAUCUUGCAUCGGUGGGUCGCCAGAGUUAUGCUGUUGACUGCCACCAUUCACGGUGCCGUUCAAACCUACGGAUGGCACAAAUACGGUGUGAUGAAGAUCGAGUUUGACACCGAUAGCUGCAUUCCUACAGGAUUCGCCACUUGGAUGAUUCUUGUAUGGUUGGUUUUGUCUGCAACUGCGCCCAUCCGCAACUGGCGGUAUGAAAUUUUUGUCGCACAGCAUAUUAUAACUUUCAUUGGGCUUGUUGUGGCUAUUUUCUACCACCUGCCAUCGACGGCCCUCAGCUCACGCAUAUACGCUUGGAUCGGCGUCGGCAUCUUCAUCCUCGACCGUCUGAUUCGGAGUAUUGUCUUUACGUAUGUCAAUGCUAAGCCAGCGAAAGCUACCAUUAUUGAGCUUCCUGGUGAUGUCACAAAGAUCCGCAUUGCAUCUCCCACAAUCAAAAAGUGGGGUCCAGGACAACACAUCUUCCUGUCGAUCCCGAAGCUAGGACUUGGACAGUCGCAUCCGGCUACUAUCCUAUCAACUCCAUCAUCUCACAACAAUGACCUUGUGUUUAUUCUACGAGCCCACCGCGGCUUUACUCGGCGAUUACUUCAUUCCGCCCAAUCAUCCUCGACGAAUCUACUGGAGAAGACCGAGGGUGCCCAAACUGUAAAAAUUGAAGGGCAACAUCUUUCCCUCCUCGGUGGCCCAUACGGAGGAUCUCAUUCUGAUUUCGGAGCCUUUGACACCGUCUUCCUCAUCGCUGGGUCAACAGGCGUGACCUUCACCCUAUCCAUCCUCCUGGAUAUCGCACACAGGGUGAAAAUCCAGAAGCUUCCAGUCAGGCGGGUAGUCUUUGCUUGGGUCAUCCGAACUGUUUCAUGUACAGAGUGGGUCGCCGAUGAAUUAAAACAGGCCAUUGAACUUCUCAUCAGUGCCGGUAUCGAAACCGAAGUGCGCUUCUUUGUGACUUGCGAUGCAGAGCCAUCGGAGCCAUCGGAGAAGAAACUCGGUUGCCCAUGCAAGAAUACUGAAGGGCCAUGCUGUUGCAGCGGCCUCGGCUCCUCAAGCCUUGAGGCGGUCCCUGAUACAAUUCUCAAAUCGGGAGACACUAAGGAUGCCAUUUCAUUCAUUCCUCAAGAAAAAGCGGACACCUCCGUUUCAAUACCGUCCUCUACUUUUACAUCUGGGCGGCCUACACUGAAGCCCCUUCUUUGGGAGUUGUUGGAUCAUGCUAGAGGUGAGACCGGUGUUGCCGUCUGUGGACCUUUGGGACUGGUGAGCAAUGUCAGGAAUACAGUGGCUACUGUUAGCGAAGAGCGCGGUUCAUAUAAGGGUACUGGGGCUGAGGGUGUGUAUUUGCAUGCCGAGAGCUUUGCAUGGUGA